AUGUAUCGGCUACGGAUUUCUGCGCUGGCCCUCGUUGCUCAGCUGGGUAUGGGCGAGGAAGGACCCGGCCCAGACGUGUCCCCUAAGACGAUGAUCAGCCAAGACUACCUCGCCGCUAUAUGCUUGAUUUUCGCCAUCGUCGGGCUGUCCGGUCUACAGUCAACGGACGGUACCGGCGGCGGUGCAGGCCUACGCCGGCGAUCACCUAGAGCUACUCAAGUAGACGAGACUCUUGCAACCGCCGCAAUCGGGGCCUCUGAUGACUCCCACGCCCAGCUGGACAAGGUCGCGUCCCACAUCGGCAGCACAAGCGGCGCUACCCCGGAGGAUUCCGAGCUCGGCGUAUCGGAUGAGCGAUCGACGGCUCCGUCCUUGCUGGCACCGACCCGUCGAAGCGUGACGGGCGGGAAGAGCGUGGCCCACGCGACGAGUUCAAGUAGGCCUUCGAAGCUCCUCUUCGUGCUCAAUUUCUUCCUGUGGAUAGGUCUGGCGGUGACCUUCAGUGCGUAUAGCAAGCGAUACCUGCGGGACACGCACGACCCCAUCGGCCUGCUGGUGCUGCAGGGUGUGACGGGCGUCGUGGUUCUGUGCUCUCUUGGACAGCCAUCGGUCAACUCGGCGGGCCUGCGGGGCAUUGCGGAGCAGGUGGUAGCAGCCAGCAGGCGGUCCGGAAUAGCGGCAGUUCUCCAUACCGGCCAAGCCGUGCUAACUAACUUUUCCGUGUUCGUCGGCGGGGUUGCCGCGACGAACGCGCUCAAGGCCAUGGAGCCGGUGGCCGCGGCGGCCUUCUCGUACUUCUUGCUCGGCAAGAGCGUUCCCCUCACCAAGAUGGCCUCCUUCGCUCUCAUCGUUGGCGGGAUACUGCUGCUGACGUCCAAAAGCAACGGCGGGAAGAGCCGCCAAGGGGAAGGACACGGAGCCACGUCCGGGGGGGGAGGGGCGGCCAGUCCCAUUCUCGUGUCCGCUAUCUUCACGGUUGCGGCCGUCUGUUUCAACGCCCUCCGGAACGUGGUUAUUAAGGGUAGGGACCCGAUCCCGCCUCACCAGACCCUGCUCGCCUGCAGUUCGGCGGCGGCGGCCGUGGGCAUCACCGUGAUGGUGCUCAGGUUCAUGAUGAGGAGCAUGGAUGACCUCCUUUUGGGACCGGAAGAGGUGGUGCAAGUGGCGACGGGGGUAGUAGGAGAAGCGGCACAAUCAGCUGGUGGCGCGGCUGUUACUGCCGUUGACGGACGGCACCAGUACAGCAGCUGGCUGAGCAUGGACGGCGUCAACGCGGCCCUCUGCUUCGUCGGCUACAAUUUCGCGUCCUUCAACCUCCUCGCCAGCCUCAGUCCCGUGGGGCACGCCGUGGGUAAUUCGGUGAAGAGGGUGGUGAUGUUCGGGAGUGGGAUUUUAUUCCUGGGAGAGGUCAUGACCGGACGGCAGCUCGGCGGCACAGCCAUCGCCCUGUCGGGGGUCGUGGUGUACAAUAUUGCGGGGACGCGUAAAUAG